AUGGACACUAGAUUGAUCAAACUGAAAAUUCUCAUUCUUUUUUAUCUCAGAAAGUUUAUUACUGCCUUUCUUUUUGAGUUUAAGAGAUAUUUCUGUGAUGGAGUCGUUGGUGGCGAGUCAGCUGACAAUGCUGAGCAGAAUUUUCAAACACUGGACAAUAAGAAAGAUGGCUUGGUUUAUUUGAAAGUUUUGGCCAUAAGCAUGCUUAUCAAAACUUCAGCUGUGGAGAAACUCUGCUGGUCGUUCAAGCUUUAUGGCAAAAACAAAGAUGGAGCCGUUACAAAAAAAGAUAUGCUGGAGCUUAUGCAGGUGUGUGUGCUUUGUUGUCACAAUGCACAAAUGCUGCUCUCCGUCCUGUUACUUGUAGCUGUUAUUAGUCUGGAGGAGUUCACAGAGAGAGCACCGCAUGAUGAUUGGAUCAGAGAAAAGCUGGAAUGUGAUCCCAGCCCUGUGAAUGAGAAGAGGCCUGUGUGAAGGAAGGCUGCUUUACAAAGACACAGAUGAUAGCUUGGAAUGAAAUGACCCAAUUCAAGGAAGCAGUGCUGAAAGCAAGGGAACAACCUUUGACGGCUUCAUUCUUUUAAUUUUGGUCAUAAACCGGAAAUAUUGCCAGUUCAAAAUACAAUUUCCAGUCUCCUUCUCUUUGUUAUUUUAUUUAGCUUUAGCAUUACUCAAAGUAGUUUUAGCCAUUUGGUGUUUGUGUAAUACUCACAAAACCAAAUACGUCUGUAUGCUAUUAUUUACAGGGCGGUGCAGCGGUAGGGCACCCUUGUAAGAUUGCAGGUUCAAAUCUCGCCUUGCUCGCCCAUGUGUCAAA